CGAGUUGGCAACACUGUCAUAGACUUAAAUUGAAAUUGGAAUAUUGGUUAUAACAAGAACAAGGAAUUGUUUUCAUUCUGAAAAAUAUAUAUUAUUUAAGUCAAAAUACAUUUUACACAAUAAAAAAAUUAUAACAAGUAUACGUCGUACUGAAUUAUCAGGAGAUUCAUUAAAAUGGCUGAAGCCGAACCUACGGAUCUGGACUGGGUGCAACUGCGCCGUGAAAUGGGAGUAAUAAAUAGAGCCGAAACAACUCAAGAAAAGUUUGCUAGGAAGUUUAAAGAAAACCCCUUUGUUCCCAUAGGUUGUGCAGCAACAGCUGGUGCUUUAUCAUAUGGCCUGUGGUGUUUUAGAACAGGUAGAACUAAAAUGUCUCAAACAAUGAUGCGUGCCAGAAUAGUUGCUCAAGGAUUUACCAUCACAGCAUUGGUUGUUGGAGUUGUAAUGACUGCUGGAAAAACAUUGAAAUAAUCACUUGAUGUGUUAUGUAAUAAGUUUCUAUAAUUCUGUGAGAAAAAUAUUACUUUUGAGUGUAGAAUAGAAAAUUUAUUUUAUUAAUUAAAUACUCAAGUACAAAAGGUAACUAAAUAAGCUUAUAAUUGUUAGACAUUGUUUGAAUUUUACCACUGUAAUGAAACUUAUGCUAAUAUCAGAAGGACCAUCUACUUUUUAUAUUAAAACACCUGCCAAGAAACAUAAAUUUUUACAUAAUUAAGAUGCAUAAGAAUAUGCUUUAGGUAUCAGUUGCAUAAUAAUUUGUAAAACUUAAGUGUAUUUUUUUUAACCUAAAUAAUGAAAUAGAUCAAAAAGUAAGUAAUAAAUGUUUUGUUUAACUUAU